CAUUUCUGACUCAUGCCACAACGUAAAACCAGACACCUUGAGUAAUGCAGAAGAGGGUUGGAUGAAACAUCCUCUUUGUGCCGUUUUUACUUUGAAGACUUGAUAGGGAUAAAAUUUGACAGUUUAUAGGAGUGAGCGAACUCCUUCGAGAGAGGCUGAACAAAGAAGGAGGGAUUACCGAUUUUUCCCCAUUUCUUCAUCUUUCCAUUUAGUUCCAGUGUCUCUUUGGGUAUUAGUGGAAGAAAAAAUUAAGUUUUUAACAAGAUGUUGACCGAUUGGUAUUAUUAUCCUAGGCGGCCUUCGUUUGACAACAGGACCAUGGCAGAACGAUGUCCACGAUGCCAGAACAUGGUGUACUUCGCUGAGGAAGUGAAAGCCCUGGGAAAGAAAUGGCACAAGCUCUGUUUUAAGUGUGGAAACUGCAACAAACUGUUGGACAGCACAACAUGCACAGAACACAAUGGCGAUGCGUUUUGUAAAUCUUGCUAUGGAAAACUUUAUGGACCCAAGGGGUACGGAUUUGCAGGGGGAUCUUCAGGCUUAUCUAUGGACACUGGAAACCCUCAUCAGCAAACUCGAAGCAAUGUUUCUCAUUACUCUGAGGCACAAGGUGCCCCUUUGGUGAAUCAAGGGAAGCCGAAGUGGGGAGGGACGGAUGGAUGCCCCAGGUGUGGAAAGCCGGUGUAUUUUGCUGAAGAGAUGAGAGCUUUAGGGAAGAAAUUUCACAAAUUGUGUUUAGCUUGUGCGAAGUGCAACAAACUGCUAGAUAGUACAACCUGUAAUGACCACGAUGGAGAAAUCUUCUGUAAAGCGUGCUAUAGCAAGAGUUUUGGACCCAAAGGGUACGGGUUUGCUGGGGGAGCUUCAGGGCUAUCUAUGGAUACAGGGCGCCGAAAUGAAAUCACCACUGGAAAUGUCUCUCACCUGGCCCAAGCCCAAGCAGCCCCAUUAAUGAAUGGUGGUGGAUCUGGUCGUUUCGGUGGCGGAGACUGCUGCCCUAGGUGUGGGAAGCAGGUUUAUUUUGCUGAGGAGGUCCGAGCCAUGGGCAAGAAGUACCACAAACUGUGUCUAAGAUGUGCUAAUUGUAACAAGGGACUAGACAGUACGAAUUGUACGGACCAUAACGAUGAGGUAUUUUGUAAGACCUGCCACGGAAAACUUUUUGGACCAAAAGGAUACGGAUUUGCUGCUGGGGCUUCAGGACUUUCUAUGGAUACUGGGAACCCGCACCAAGUGACCAAAGAGAAUGUCUCGUCUUAUGCUGUGGCCCAGGCAGCGCCAUUACUGGAGAAUGAGAACAGGAAGUCAGGGGGUUAUGGGUCAUCAGACAUUUGUGGAAGGUGCAACCAGGCCGUGUAUUUUGCUGAGAAAAUCAUGGCAGGGGGUGGCAUCUAUCACAAAGCCUGUUUUAAUUGCACAGCCUGCAGUAAGAAACUAGACUCCACCACAGUAACUCAGGCAGAGGGAGACAUUUUCUGUAAAUCUUGUUAUGGAAAACAUUUUGGACCAAAAGGUUUUGGAUUUGGACAAACUUUACAACACACAGGCUGAGUGAUGUACAGAGAUGGAUCUAAGUGUUACACAGGUGGAUCCAGGUUUUUAGUCAGACUGACCUUUAUCGGAGAAUGCCUAGCGACUUUAGGCAUUAUUUUCUGUGUUAAGGUUAAUAUGUUGUUGGUUACUGGUGUUGACGUCAACAUUUCCAAUUACAUACAUGUAUAUGUAUUGUAACAUCAAAAAGGUGAUCAUUCUUUGUUAGUUAUUUGUUUACUGUAUACAGGGUUAUUUUCGCCCCGUGUUAUUUUCGCCCUUUUGCACUUGCAAACACUUGCCCCGUUUUAAAUUCGCCCUG